CGUCUGAUAAUUUGACUUGCUCAUUUCACCAAAGAACUGCAAUCAAGCCUCCACCACAGUCGAUUGAGUUAUCCCCGAGAUGCUGGGAACAAUCUAACGACCUUCGGUAUGCUACGAUAAUGCAACUUCUCUGGUCUCGCGCUGCGCAGGCCAGGUCGUCAUGUCGAUGUAGCUCAUGUCUACACACGGCAACGACUCUAGCUCGAAGAACCACCACCGCAGCCAGCAAACGUCGUCUGAAGAUCAGUGAUGUAUUCACGGCAUGUUACUCGACUAUUCUCGCCACUGCAGCCUUCGCAGACGCGAAAGUGAAGGAAGAAAGAAGGAAAGAAUGGGACAGGUUGAUCGAGGAAGUCAAAACACCUUCGAAGCGUGGGAAGAACGCCGGUAAAGGCCUAGAUGGAGAUUCAAAACCGGAGAUAGACGAUUGGGAAGUCCAGAAAUCCCAUGGAUCCACAAUCGAAGUGGCUGAAGUUCCCUUCUCGUCAUACAAACCAGUUAAAGACCUCUCUUCAACAACGAGAUACAGCCCCUUACAAGACCACAGUCUCGAUGCAUGGGGUCUUCCUCCGCGAACCAAGGUGCCGCCAGUGGGCGAGAAACUGCAGUCUCUGGACUGGAAACUUAGAAACUCCACAGCUGAACGUAUCGUCGCCAGAGAUGUUGACUCUAUCCACCAAUCUGGGCUCGAUCGUGAAGGGCAAUUCAUUGAUGAUAUGUUCGACGCGGACCUAUGGAAUCGGGAGCCCAGGACACCGCUACAUAUCGAAAAGUAUGAGGAAAUGGUUAUGAAUCUAGUCAACAAGAUACUACAGGAAUCAAAAGUAUUCUCAAGCUCUAUUCAACCAGAAGGGUAUAGAGCUUUGAAGAUUCAGCAGCAGCUGUCCGAAAUGGCUCAACGAUUCGUCGCUCUCGACAUUGGCGUAUCUCGUGUUCCUACCUUCAAUUAUGACGAUAUCGAUGCUGUCAAUGAUCAACGCAAAAUGCUUCAUCAUUCUAUCUGGGCCUUGUGUUUUUCAGCAUCUAGACGUCAGACGGAUAUUAAUGUCACUGUUGCGAAGAUAUGCUACAACCUGCUCAUCUCUACAGCCCCACCCAGCAUUACGACGUACAACAUUCUUUUGAACGAGUUUUUGAAUUUGAAGAGAUUGGAUCUGGCCCAAAUUGUUGUAGACUCUUUCUUCCACGAGAGCAGGUUCAAGCCGAACAAGAGAACUAUACGACUUAUAUUGGACCAUUAUAGAGCCAAGUCUGACUUCGAAGGAUUUCAUGAUGUCAUUCAACGAAUGAGAGGCACGAAAGGAGAUAUGCGGAUUCACAUGAGACAGCUAUUCUUUUUAUCCGAGUUUCCGGUGAAAACGUGGGCACUUAACAACAACGUCAUCCAUCGAAAUGGAUUCUUGAGGCAGAAAGCACCGCGAUCCCGUCCUGUCUUCAAUUCGCUCAUCCUAGGUUCCCUCGAGUUCCAGAGUAUCAGAGGAGCAGUCCGCUACGCUCGUGCUGCGCUUCGUGAAGGGCACGCGAUUUCUGCCGAGACCCUUUGUGCUGUUAUAAAGCGUAUUGUCGACAAAUUAGAUGCUUAUGCUGGUUUGUCCUUGCUCAGAGCCAUCCUGGCACAAUGGGAAGACGGAUCAAUAGUCGCAAUAACCGUUUACUCCAAGGACCUUCGUUAUCAGAUCAACCAACUACUUCUCCUCUGUAGCAUCAACCCAACCAAGCCAUCGUCUCGAACGCUACCACCCCGCGUGUCCUCCACGGCAAUAUCGAAUCUGCUAUGGCGGAUGCAGCUUGGCACUAUUGCAGAUGCCAUAGAGCGUUCUGCUAACUUCCUCUUGCAACUAGACGCUUGCCUUGGUAUGAGUGGGUUGGACUUUUCAUACACAGAAAUCCAACCGUACUGUGCAACUCAAGACACAGCACCUCAGCGGCUUGAAUGGGCUGCGCAAAUAAGUCGGAAGUACACUCGUAUUGAGAAGGCCCGUCGCAACAGGACAAAGCAAGCCGAACGACAAGGUUGGCGAUUCAGACUGCAAGUGUUGGAGAAAAUGGUCGAUGAGGCUCCAAAGUCCAUGCUCCCCCUUGAGGCUGAGAUACUUGAGAUGCAUGUCGUGACUAGGAAAAUCGAACUGCAGUCUCUCCUAGUUAAAACAAUACCAAUGGAUCUAAGCGCAGCUGAGAAGUAUGUACGUGCUUUGACAACAAGCUCCGCUCGACCACCUCUCUCCGCAGAAUAUCCUAUGUUUCAAGUUAGCAAAUCCCAAAAUCUUGUCCAGGACCCAAUCUCUUAUUUGGAGACAAAGCUAUUCAACAGCACAGAAACUGAAUGGCAUCGAAGACUCAUGCGAGAGCUACACACGACGGACAGCCCUAGCCGUCGUAAGGCACUUACAAUGCAACGAAUCGAGCACAUACGACAUUUACUGGAUAGAUAUCUUGACCCAGAGGCUGGGCAGCACGUGAUGGCAUUAAGAUCGACCGUGCAAAAGGAACCUGAAGAGCUAGCAAACCCAGAUUCGAAAUCAACGCAAUGGCCCUCGAAGAAGAGACUGCCAGGAGAAACCAGGAUUGACCACGACGGACGCAGAAGGCAAGAACGAUUACAAGAGGCAAAACAAUCUUCGCGUACGCAGCAUGAGAGCGAUAAGAAACAAGCCGCUACUCAAGUUCUGUCUUUGGAAGAUGAGCAAACUUCUGUGCCUACGGUAGGACUGGAAGAACGGAAGACAUCGUUGCCACCUGCCGGCCUUCUUCCAUUGGAUCCAUUCUCCAAGAGGAUCGACUUAGCCGUGGGCUGAAGAGACCACAGUACUUUGUACAUAUAGGAUACAAACAUGAUGUAGAUAGAGGCAUCCGAGCAUAAGCAUGAAAACGGCGUUAUGGUCUGAAGCAUUUUUGCAAUGAACAACAGCAUCAGGGGAGCAACAGCAGUGAGAGCUGAGCUGAGUACAGAUAGUAUAUAAAUGAUCAAGUAUAUACCUCGAACAACCUAG